AUGAUCCUCAGACAUAGAGGACCUGGAGGCCUCUUUCUCCUCUUUCUCUUCGUACUCCAUUACUUUACUCUAUCAAACGCUCAGAAACCUACAAGUAAAAUCACAUCGUUCGACAAUUUACCUGCAAGGUUGUUCUACUUUGAUGAUUCUCCAAAUGCUGUCUACUUCGAUGCCAUAGCGGGUGAUGUUUACGUUUCGCAAGAUGAAGGAAAGAACUGGGACCAUGCGAGCGGUGUACCUCAAGGCAAAGCAGUCGUGGUCGUUGAACACCCUACAGACAACAAAUACGCUUUUAUCCUAACUGCAGGAACAGACCACUACCUCACCGACGACCGCGGUAAAACCUGGCGAAAAUUUUCGAUGCCAAUACCGCUUGCCAUGACCUCGAGUCCUCUUUCUUUCCAUUCAGAUCCCAAAAACUACGGUUACAUUAUCUACCACGGGACCGAAUGCAAAAAAAUUGGCUGGGGUACUGAAUGUCACGACGAGACCUACUACACCAAAGCAGCUUUCGGCGACGAGCCCAAGUCCCUUCUGGCAGAGGAUUCUCGAUGCCAAUUUGCUCACUCGAGCAAGGAUUUCAAACACGAUGCCCACCCAGAUCUCAUUUACUGUGUCGUCACGAAACCAGCCGAACCCUCUAUCCUACUUUCCUCUACCGACUUUUUCGAGGAGGAGAACAAGGUGGAAGACCUUGGGAUUGGCGCAAAGAACGCUCGCGGCGUCAUUGCGCUCGCAAUCGUAUCCAAAUUUGCCGUUGUCGCUCUUCAUUCUCCCAACUCACGCGACGAAAUGCUGCUAUACGUCACCGUGGACACCAAGACCUGGUCACAUGCCCAGUUCCCUCACGCCUCGUCGGCAAAGCUGCGGGAAAACGCGUACACCAUUGUCGAGUCAACAACCCAUUCUCUCGCUGUCGACGUCGUUUUACACGAAGGAAUCACCAUAGGCACGUUAUUCGUCAGCAACUCGAACGGCACCUACUUUGUUGAGAGUCUCAAAGACACGAACAGGAACGGGAUGGGAUUCGUCGACUAUGAACGUGUCUAUGGUGUUGAGGGUGUCGGUUUAGCGAACGUUGUAGGAAAUGCAGAUGCUGUCGAAGGUCGGCAGGCGGAGAAACAGCUGAAAACUGUCAUUACGUUUGAUGAUGGGAGGUCAUGGUCACCCAUCCAGUCAGACGAUGGCCCACUUCACCUUCAUUCCGUCACGACUCCGCAUAACUUUGGCCGAAUCUUUUCUUCACCGGCUGCGGGUAUAGUGAUGGGAGUUGGGUCUGUCUCGCCAUUCCUGAAGCCCUAUGAGCAGUGUGAUACGUGGUUGAGUACGGAUGCGGGGGUUACUUGGUCGAAUGUCCUGAAAGGUCCACACAAGUACGAAUCCGGAGAUUCUGGCAGUAUUCUUCUCGCUGUAGACGACGAAGAGUUGACUUCAAAAGUUCAGUAUAGUUUGAAUUUCGGGAAGAAUUGGCAAAGUUACGACCUGGGGAUAACCCUACGAGCUCGUGCUCUGACGACGAUCCGGGAUAGUACUUCGCAAAAGUUCAUGGUUGUAGGACAAGUUGCACGAAAGGAUCAACAUAACCAGGGUCGAUAUGUUACCGUCUUCCUCGACUUCGCUGAUAUGAGGGAGAGGAAAUGUGAAUCGGGAGAUUAUGAGGAGUGGUUUGCUCGUCCCAAGGGCAAGGAAUGUUUGAUGGGACAUAAGCAAUACUACAAACGUCGCAAGCCAGACUCGGACUGUUAUGUCGGAGGUAAAUUCAUCGAUCCUGUUCCAGAGACGGAGGAUUGUGAGUGUACGGAUGAUGAUUAUGAGUGCGACUUCAAUUUCAACCUCAACCCCACGACACACGAAUGUGAACUUGCUGGUCCUGAGCCUAUACCAGAUGGUGUGUGCGCCAACCCGAAUGACAACUAUAUGGGUAGUUCUGGGUACAGAAAGAUACCCGGAAACACGUGUAAAGGAGGUGAGAAUAAGGAGGGUCAGAUAGAGAGGGAUUGUAGGCAAGCCAAACCCCCAGAAGGAGUGAUCGUCCAUACAACCAGUCCAUUCAGUGCUCGCAUCGACCACCAUGCGUAUUUCAAGAAAUCGCAGACUAUCCUCGUCUUACUGUCAAACCAUGAAAUCUGGCAAUCCACCGACGAAGGUCACAGAUUCGUACAAAUCCAGGAAGAAAACAGAUUUUAUGCGUUCUAUCACCACCCUUACAGCAACGACCGAGGAUACCUUAUCACAGACGACAGGAAGAUGUUUGUCACGACCGACAGCGGCCGGCUAUGGACUGCCGUGCCCGUUCCCUUACCUCCCAACAUCUUCGGUAUCCAAGUCUUGAAAUUCCAGCCCGAGUCCGAUUAUAUUAUCUGGACUGGCUCCCGAGGGUGUGGAAGUACCAGUGGGGAACCUGAAGGAGAUGAAGGGUGUCAUGCCGAAGCUUAUUAUUCGAGGAACAAUGGGAGGGACUGGCAUUUCGUCGAGAAGUAUGUUGCUAAUUGUGGGUGGGCGAAGGAUACGAAGUUACAAGCCGAUCCUACGGAGAUUAUCUGCGAGUCGUAUGCGGUUAAGAACGGGAAUCAGCCGAUGAGGCCGCAGCAGAUUAGGGAAGGGGUUGAGUUGAUUGAAGGGCCUGGGUUUUAUCAGGAUCCUAACAAGAGGAAGAAGCUCUUCCCUUCGGCUGUUGGGUUUGCAAAAUUUUCGGAGUUCAUGGUCGUUGCUGCGCUCCAUCCCGCUACCAACUCACUCGAACUACAAGUCUCUCUCGACGGAGUCAACUUUGCGCCCGGUGUCUUCCCACCAACUAUGCACCCCGAAACCCACGCGUAUACAAUCCUCGAAUCUUCAACCCAAGCUCUCUUCCUCCAUAUGACCACCUCCGACGUUCCACCAUAUGGCGCCGUCCUCAAAUCCAACUCGAACGGAACAUACUUUGUCGUUUCCCUGGACAACGUGAACAGGAACGAGGAUGGCUAUGUUGAUUUUGAAAAGAUUAUUGGGUUGGAUGGGAUUGCGCUCGUGAACGUUGUCGGGAACGCGGAGCAGGCAUCCAUUGGGGGGAGGAAAAAGUUGCAGACAAGGAUCACACAUAAUGAUGGAGGUACUUGGAAGCCUCUUAAACCGCCUUCUGUGGAUGCAUUUGGGCAAGAGUAUGAAUGUCGGGAUGCGAGCUGUAAUCUUCAUAUCCAUGGGUACACCGACCGCCGAGAUUCACGAGCAACAUUCAGCUCCCCAUCGAUCGUCGGAAUCAUUAUGGGUGUUGGAAAUGUCGGCCAAUCUCUCCUCCCAUACAAAGAAUGCGACACCUUCCUCUCCCGAGACGGCGGUUUCACAUGGCACGAAGUCCGGAAAGAUGCACAUCUCUGGGAGUUUGGCGAUUCCGGCGGGAUACUCGUCGUGGUUAACGAUGAAGAGCCUACGGACUUCGUUGCGUACUCCAUCGACCAGGGAACGAGUUGGAAGGAAUACAAGUUUGUAGGUGAGGGGGAGAGGAAGGUGCGGGUGAGGUAUCUCGUUACGGUGCCUGCGGAUAAUAGUAGGAAGUUUAUCUUGUUCGGAGAGCGCGCUGGUGGAGAGGGAUCUGUAGCGAUUCAGAUCGAUUUCUCGUCGUUGAUGAGUAGGCAGUGUGUCUUGGACCCAGAUGAUCCCAAUCACGACGACUUUGAACUGUGGAGUCCUAGUGAAGGGAGGAAUGAAAGAUGUCUCUUUGGGCGACAGACGCUCUACCAUCGCCGUCUACCAAAUGCAAUGUGCUACGUCGGUGAUGGACUGGAGAAUGAAGAAAGAGUCAAGAUUGUCGAUAACUGCCCUUGCGUUGAGAGCGACUUUGAAUGCGAGUUCAAUCACAUCCGUUCUCCCAUUAACAGCUCUUGCAUCCUCUCGCCCGGCACAACGCCACUGGCUUCAGAUCCUUCUAGCUGUAUGACAGACCCAGACUCUGACGGAUUCUGGUAUGACCGAACGGCGUACCGGAAGAUUCCCCAUUCGACAUGUGUAGGUGGAAUGAGGUUAGAUCGGGGGGAGAAACACGUCUGUCCUGGGCUAAAAGGGAAAGGAUGGGCAUUUUGGAUUAUAAUGAUUGUUGCUAUUCCUGUGUUGUUUGCUGGUUUGGUGGGUGCGUGGUGGUAUAGGAAGAGUGGUAUGGCCAGAGGAAUGAUACGGCUACCGGGAGACUCUAGAAGUUUCCGAAGAUCGUCAGGUGGAAUUCUGGAUACGCUUGCUUCUGUACCGUGGUUCUUGAUAGGACUCGGACAGAUUGCUUUUUCGUGGAUAGAACAGAAACUUGGUGGCUUGAGUGGGAGGAGGGGGUAUAGGAAUAUCCCGAUUGAUGAAGAUGCGCAGGUCUUGAGGUUUGAGGAUGAGGAAUAA